AUGAGCAACGCUGUUGAUGAAUCACCAAUAUUAAAAGCUUCCGAUAUCAAUGAUGAUAUGAAAGAUGAAAUCUUUAAAAUAAGUACAGAGGCUUUCAAUGAAUUCAAAGUUGAGCGUGAUAUUGCUGGUUCCAUUAAGAAGCAAUUAGAUACUAAAUUCGGUAACACAUGGCACGUCAUUGUUGGCAAGAAUUUUGGUAGUUAUGUUACACAUGAAAAGGGCCAUUUUAUUUACUUCUAUAUUGGAUCUACUGCCCUAUUGGUUUUUAAGACUACUUAA